UAUUGUGCUAUUUAUUCACUUUUAUAAAAUGAAGAAAGCAGGAGGUAAACCAUCGCGUGACGUCCAGAUCGGGAAGUUUCCGCCAAAGAGAAUUCCUAAAGAUGUCUUAAAGCGGACACUCGAAAUUGCGUCUUCUUCAAUUGAUGAAUUUUGGCUAAACAAAAACUGCUCAUGCUCCCCACCUGCUAAUUGUGAACUGUACAAUGUCAUGAAUCGCUCGAUCACCUAUCAGAAGCUCAGUUUGUCUCGAAAUUUCUCAAUGGUGCGGGACUGGAAAAACGUGGAAAAAAUUUUAACUUCUAACGUUUUUGGCGAGAGUUUACUGAAAAAAGGUUCCUAUCCAAUAUUCUCAGAAUACGCAUCUUUAAGUCUAAAAUUUGAUAAGCCAAGGAUGGACAAAAAGGCUAACACCGAAGCGAACACCUAGCAAAAAAAAAAAUAAAAGCUCGAAAUUGUUCCAGAAAUGAAAUUUGCGGCAUUGAUUCGAAAGUAUUUGUCCGCAGAAACUAAAAAAUACUUUUUAAAUUAUCUAUAUUAUUUUUGAAUAAAGUAUUAUUAUUAAUA